UGCAAAAAGAUGAGAUGAAGAAAUUCUUCGAUCCAAAAAACAGAGAACAGGGAUGAGUGGUGCUACGGUAAUGGCGAAAAUGGGAGGAACAGGGAGAGCACUGCUGGGAUACACUUUCAUUAUUCCUUCCACAGCCAAAAGCCUCUCAUUUCGCAGGCACUUUUACUCUCUCCCCUUAAACCCCCACUGGGUUUUGCAGAGGUUUAGGCCGCUCUGCUCCUCCGCCACUUACACCGCCGACGAGGACGUAUUGCAGCCGGUAAGGCACGGGAUUUUAUUGGAAAAGCUCAGACUUCGGCACCUCAAAGACUCCGCAAAAGCAGGCGGCACAGCACCAGUCGGUAAGUCGAAGGAGGCGAAGGGGAAUGGACACGUGGAGCUGGACGGGAGAAGCGGGAAGAAGAAGGCGGUGGAGGCGUCGAGUUUUGAGGAGUUGGAAUUGAGUGAGGAGGUUAUGGGAGCUUUGGAAGAAAUGAGCAUUUCUUUGCCUACUGAGAUUCAAGCUAUUGGGAUUCCUGCUGUGCUUCGUGGGAAAAGUGUGGUGUUAGGGUCGCACACUGGCUCUGGAAAGACUCUUGCUUACUUGUUACCUAUUGUUCAAUUGUUGAGAAGAGAUGAGGAGUUAUAUGGUAUCCUAAUGAAACCCAGACGCCCUCGAGCUGUUGUUUUGUGCCCAACACGGGAGCUAUGCGAGCAGGUUUUCCGGGUGGCAAAGUCCAUUAGUCAUCAUGCACGGUUCAGGUCUACCAUGGUAAGUGGUGGUGGGCGUUUAAGGCCUCAAGAAGAUUCCUUGAAUGCCCCAAUUGACAUGGUUGUGGGAACCCCGGGCAGAGUUCUUCAACAUAUUGAGGAGGGGAACAUGGUUUAUGGUGACAUCAGAUACGUGGUGCUGGAUGAGGCUGACACUAUGUUUGAUCGUGGCUUUGGUCCUGACAUUCGCAAGUUUCUGAGACCAUUGAAAACUCGUGCUGCUAAAUCUGAUGAUCAAGGAUUUCAAACUGUUUUGGUAACUGCAACAAUGACAAAGGCAGUACAAAAGCUGGUUGAUGAGGAAUUCCAAGGCAUUGAACAUUUGCGUACUUCUUCAUUUCAUAAAAAGAUUGCUUCUGCUCGGCAUGAUUUCAUCAGACUUUCUGGCUCAGAGAAUAAGUUGGAGGCAUUACUGCAGGUACUUGAGCCAAGUUUAUCCAAGGGAAACAGAGUAAUGGUCUUCUGCAACACAUUGAACUCUAGUCGUGCUGUCGACCAUUUUCUGAAUGAAAAUCAAAUCUCAACUGUCAACUACCAUGGAGAAGUUCCAGCAGAACAAAGGGUUGAAAACCUCGAAAAAUUUAAGCGUGAUGAUGGAGACUGCCCUACCCUGGUCUGCACAGACUUGGCUGCUAGGGGACUAGACCUAGAUGUGGAUCAUGUCAUCAUGUUUGAUUUCCCUUUAAACUCUAUUGAUUACCUCCACCGCACAGGAAGAACUGCUCGCAUGGGUGCCAAAGGGAAGGUAACUAGCUUGGUGGCUAAAAGGGAUUUGCUUUUGGCAACUAGGAUUGAAGAGGCAUUAAAGAAGAAUGAGAGCUUAGAGUCUCUAUCCGUUGACAGUAUUAAACGGGAUAUUGCCCGAUCCAAUAUAACGGAGCAGAAGGAGAAGAAGGAAAAGUUAGUUAAAGCUUCAAAUUCAAAAAAUAAGAAACAAUCUUCCUCAACCAAAUUACCUAGUACCAGUGGUAAAGGAAUAGCUGUCAAAAAAUCUUCAAAGGCAAUAUCUCGGAAAGCACCAACUCCAUCGAAGCCAAAAAAUGUAAUCAAAGUGUCAAAGACAUCAAGUGGGAUGCCAAAAAAUGUAAUCAAAGUGUCAAACACAUCAAGUGGGAAGAAACAGUCAACUCCGUCAAGGCCAAAAACUGUAAUAAAAUUGUCCAAGUCACCAAGCGGGAAGACACAAUCAGAGAGCCAGAAGCCCGGUUCAAAACUAAAUGUUGUUGGAUUCAGGGGUCGGAGUUCGUUGUCAAGUUCAAAGGUUGCUUGAUGUAUCUAGCUUUUUGGUCUUGAUUCUUGACAAUGGCCAUAGGAUUCACUCUCUUUCUCCACUUUACACCUUAUAUAUAUAUAUUCAUGGUUAAGGUUCAUCUGUUUCAAAAUUGAUUGCCUUGAUCUCAUUUUUCGA